AUGAAGUGCGAGGAUGUCGGGAAAAGUGAUAAGCUUCCCAUAGUUUACUCCAAGAAUUAUUCCGUGCGCUUCGCUGGCCUUGAGAAGCUUCAUCCCUUCGAUGCAGCAAAGGGCAAGCAUAUACAAGAGCUGCUCUGCGAUGAGUUGUCGCUGAAUGCCGGCCAAUUCUACGACCCCGUCGAGAUUACCAAGGAGCAACUGCGUCGAGUGCACACUCGAAAAUAUUUAAAAUCCCUCAAAUGGAGUGCCAAGGUCGCCUGCAUUGCCGAGGUGCCCGUCAUGAUCUUUAUGCCCAAUUUCACGGUGCAAAGCGGAUAUUUGCGUCCGAUGCGUUAUCAGGCAUCCGGCUCAAUAUUGGCUGGUAAACUGGCCUUGGAAUAUGGCUGGGCUAUCAAUUUAGGCGGUGGAUUCCAUCACUGCUGCUCUAACAAAGGUGGUGGCUUUUGUCCCUAUGCUGAUAUAACAUUGCUGCUUGUCCGCCUCUUCGAUUUGGAGCCGACGAGGGUGCGCAACGCAAUGAUCGUGGAUCUGGAUGCUCAUCAGGGCAAUGGUCAUGAGCGAGAUUUUAUGAACACGGACUCUGUAUACAUCCUGGACAUGUACAAUGCAUUCGUCUAUCCAAUGGAUCACGAGGCCAAACUGAGCAUACGCUGCGGUGUCGAGCUAAAGCAUCUAACCGAGGAUGCCUACUAUUUGAGGCAACUGAGCCGAUGCUUGCUGCAAGCGCUAACUGAAUUCAAGCCAGACAUUGUCAUAUAUAAUGCCGGCACCGAUGUCCUCAAGGGAGAUCCCCUUGGCAAUUUAGCUCUAACUGCCGAGGGCGUCAUCGAGCGAGAUCGCUUAGUCUUUAGCACAUUUCGUUCUUUGAACAUACCUGUCGUCAUGCUCCUCAGCGGUGGCUAUAUGAAGUGCUCCAAGCGUGUCAUAGCUGACUCCAUUGUUAAUCUUCAGAGGCAGGGCUGGCUAUGUGUACCUUAACUUAACUUAUUAAUAUUCAAAUAUUGGUCUUUGUUAGAACGAUUACUCCUUAAAUAAGGAGCACUGUGCACUGUGAUGAAUUGCUAACUAAGAAUAAAUAAUAGAUAUUGGCUUAAA